CUAUUAGAUCGAUAUUUUAUUAUAGAAUAAUCUAUCCAGAAUACAUUAACCACUUACCAAAAUGAACACUCAACACCAAGCAAAGACCCAAGCAUCAAAAAAGCUGCACAAUGAUGCCUCAAUCAAGCUACUCCAGACCCUAUCUCUCAGUCUCAUCCUCCUCAUCCUCGGGAAAGAAAUGACCUUUUUCACCAUCUCAUUUUUCUUCUCAUUCUGGUGCAAACACAAUCUCAAUUCAAAUAUCCUAGAUAUCAGCAAAGAGCAAUCUGCUAUCGAAAAACAAUUACAAUCUGCAGUUCAGCGCAAACAGGAAGAGCAGAAACGACACGAUGUCCAGACCAUCUCGGAUAAUAUUAUUUGUUUCGUCGUCGAGGAGCAGGCUAGGGCUGAUGCUUUCCGGCGAAUGGUCGAACAGAGGCAAACGAAGGAUAUCGCUGGGAUUGUGACGCGCAUCUGUGAUCAUAUGGCGGAUCUUCAGAAGAGACAAGAAGUCGAAGAAGUACAGACGAAAGAUGACGAUGACAACAACCAAGUAGAGGAGGAAGAAGAGGAAGAGGAAGAAGAGGAAGAGGAAGAAGAGGAAGAGGAAGGCACAGACCCUUCAGACAGCGAAGAAGACGAAAUCCAACAUCAACACCAAUAUCAAUAUCAACCCCUCCCCCUCCCCUUCCCUCUAUCCAACUACACCCCCCUCAGCUUCACCUUCACCUGCAUCGGCACCACGAAGAAAGGAACCCGCUGCGCCCAAAGCUAUCUCUCCCGAGCAAGCCUCCAGAACGCCUCCCUCCGUCUCCAGAAAAUGCAAUCCCCAAAUCCAGGCAAUAGCUUCACGCUAGACGCCCUGCAUGAAUUGGCCGAUUGGAUGCUUUGUCCGCGUUGGCAUCGGGAUAAACUGCCGCAGGGGAUGGCACUGGCCCGGGAGUGGUAUCGAUUGUUGAGGCCUGCAAGGGAGAGACUCGCUCAGUGUGAGGAUCAGGGUGCAGAGAGGAUGUUGAAAGAGAGGAGGGUUGUUGCGUCGUCGGCUGCGUAUGCUGCUUGGUCGACGCCGUCGAGUGUUUCGUCUUCGAGGUCGGCUGUUUUUAGUAGUCCUGGAAUGAGUAUGCGUGGUUAUUCCCCUGUCUCUGAUUAUGAUUAUUCUCCAAGCAGGUCGAGAAGGUCGCGUAGGUAGCAUGUUUGACUUUUGUUGAGAUGGUUUCAUGACGUCUAAUGAUACUUUGAUGUUGAUACCCA